GGGCGGGGCUUCCGGACCGAGGCGGGCGCAGAGUGAGGCGCGGGCUGCAGGCUCAAUUGAGUGGACGGUGGUAGCCGGCUGCGAUUCCAGCGGUUAGGCAGGUCCGGGCUCGGCUGCCUCUCCGCCCGGGGCUAAGAUGGCUCGAGGCGAGCGGCGGCGGCGCCCGGCGCCCGCAGAGGGGACGCGGCCGGUGGAGCGGGCUCGUGGCCCCGGGCGGCGGGACGGCAGGGAAGGGGCGCGGGGCUCUGCGGGCGGCGCGGCGUUCGCGGUCGUAGUCCUGGCCCUCGCCCUGGGCCUGUCUGGGCGCUGGGCGCUGGAGUGGCUCCGUGCGCGCCGCGCGCUCACGCUGCACCCCGCGCCCCCCGCGCUGCCCCCCGACUCCUCCAGCCCCGCCGUGUCCCCGGAGCUCUUUUGGGGCACCUACCGCCCCCAUGUCUACUUCGGCAUGAAGACUCGCAGCCCAAAGCCGCUCGUAACUGGAUUGAUGUGGGCGCAGCAGGGCGCCACCCCAGGGACCCCUCCCAAGCUCAGGCACACGUGUGAGCAGGGGGACGGCGUGGGUCCCUAUGGCUGGGAAUUCCACGACGGCCUCUCCUUCGGGCGGCAACACAUCAAGGAUGGGACUUUAAGGCUCACCACUGAGUUCGUCAAGAGGCCUGGGGGACAACAUGGAGGGGAGUGGAGCUGGAGAGUGACCGUAGAGUCUCAGGCCUCAGGUACUUCUUCAUUCCCUUUGGUCUCCCUGUUCUUCUAUGUGGUGACAGAUGGCCAGGAAGUUCUACUUCCAGAGGUUGGAGCCAAAGGGCAGUUGAAGUUCAUCAGUGGGCAUACCAAUGAACUUGGUGACUUCCGCCUUACACUUUUGCCACCAACCAGUCCAGGAGAUGCUGCCCCUAAGCAUGGCAGCUACAACGUCCUCUGGUCCUCCAACCCAGGACUGCCACUCCUCACAGAGAUGGUAAAGAGUCGUCUAAACAGCUGGUUUCAGCACCAGCCCCCAGGGGUUGCUCCUGAACGCUACCUUGGCUUGCCUGGAUCUCUGAAGUGGGAGGAGAAAGGCCCAAGUGUGCAAGGACAGUUCUUGAUACAGCAGGUGACACUGAAAGUCCCCUUCUCUGUGGAGUUUGUGUUUGAGUCUGGCAGUGCCCAGGCAGAAAGAAAUCAAGCCCCUGGGCAGCUAGCAGGCAACCAACUGACCCAGGCCCUGGAAAGCCAUGCCACAGCCUUUCAAGAGCGCUAUGAGAAGACCUUCCAGCUAAAGGAGAAGGGCCUGAGUCUUGGGGAGCAGGCUUUGGGUCAGGUUGCCCUCAGUGGCCUCCUUGGUGGGAUUGGUUACUUCCAUGGACAGGGUUUAGUGUUGCCAGAUACUGGGGUGGAAGGGUCUGAGCAGAAGGUGGACCCUGCCCUCUUUCCACCUGUUCCCCUCUUCUCUGGGGUACCUUCCAGGUCAUUCUUCCCACGAGGCUUCCUAUGGGAUGAAGGCUUUCACCAGCUAGUAGUCCAGCGGUGGGAUCCCCACCUCACCCGGGAAGCUCUAGGCCACUGGCUGGGGCUGCUCAAUGCUGAUGGCUGGAUUGGACGGGAGCAGAUUCUGGGGGAUGAGGCCCGAGCCCGAGUACCCCCAGAAUUCCUGGUGCAACGGGCAGCCCAUGCCAACCCCCCAACACUGCUGUUGCCAGUAUUACACAUGCUCAAAGGUGGUGACUCUGCUGACGUAGCCUUCCUCCGCAGGGCCUUUCCCCGACUGCACGCUUGGUUCUCUUGGCUCUAUCAGAGCCAGGCAGGACCAGUGCCACUAUCUUACCGCUGGCGAGGCAGGGACCCAGCCUUACCCACUCUUCUUAACCCCAAGACACUACCCUCAGGGCUGGAUGACUAUCCCAGGGCCUCACACCCUUCUACAAUGGAGCGGCACCUAGAUCUGCGAUGCUGGGUGGCACUAGGUGCCCGGGUGCUGUCACAGCUUGCAGAGCAGCUGGGGGAGGCAGAAGCAGCUGCAGAGCUGGGCCCACUGGCUGCCUCUCUGGAGGAACCAGAAAGCCUGGAUGAGCUACAUUGGGCCCCAGAACUGGGGGCCUUUGCAGACUUUGGGAACCACACAAAAGCUGUACAGCUCAAGUCCAGGCCCCCUCAGGGGUUUGUUCGGGUGGUAGGCUGGCCCCAUCCUCAGCUGCAAUAUGUGGAUGCCCUGGGCUAUGUCACUCUUUUUCCCUUGCUGCUGCAGUUACUGGACCCUAGCUCACCCCGCCUGGGGUCCCUGCUGGACAUUCUAGCUGACAGUGGCCAUCUCUGGAGCCCCUUUGGAUUGCGAUCCCUUGCAGCCUCCAGCCCCUUUUAUAGACAGCGAAAUUCUGAGCAUGAUCCUCCCUACUGGAGGGGUGCAGUGUGGCUGAAUAUCAACUACCUGGCUUUGGGGGCACUCCACCACUAUGGACACCUGGAAGGUCCCCACCAGGCCCAGGCCGCCAAGCUCUACCGUGAGCUCCGUGUCAAUGUAGUGAGCAAUGUUCUGCAGCAGUAUCAGGCUACAGGGUUUCUGUGGGAACAGUACAGUGAUCAGGAUGGGCGGGGCAUGGGCUGCCGUCCCUUUCAAGGCUGGACCAGCCUUGUCUUGCUGAUCAUGGCUGAAGACUACUGAAAAGACAGGAGGAAGGCAAGACUAUUUAUGUGACUUGGAAUCUGGAGAGGUCUUUGAUUUCUGGUUCCAUACAUCUUGCUAAAGUUAUCUCAGGUGUUUCCUGUUAUCCCACACAGUCCUGGGGUGAAUGUGAACUCAAGAGUCUAUUUUUUUCUAAAUAAAAUGGAAGAAAUAUAAGUAAACUUA